GCUGACAGCACAAGGAAGAAUCUCAUCUCCGGCGCCGGCGGGAUGGCCCGCCCUUCGCGGUGGUCGGCGCUGGCGGCGAGCGCGCUCAUCCAGUGCUUCGCGGGGAGCUCCUACUGCUUCGCCGUCUACUCCCCGGCGCUCAAGGCCUCCCAGUCCUACCAACAGUCCGACCUCGACGCCGUCGCCUUCUUCAAGGACCUCGGCGCCAACGCCGGCAUCCUCUCCGGACUGCUCGCCGCAUGGGCCCCCGCCGGACGCCGCCGCCCCUGGAUCGUCCUCCUCGCCGGCGCCGCUCUCUGCGCCGCCGGCUACUUCCCCAUGUGGCUCGCCGUCACGGGCGUCCCCGCGCCGCUCCCGCUCGUCUGCCUCUACAUGCUGCUCGCCGCCCAGGCGCAGACCUUCCUCAACACCGCCGAUGUCGUCACCGCCGUCGAGAACUUCCCCGAUCGCCGCGGCACAGUCAUCGGCAUCAUGAAGGGCUUUCUGGGAUUAAGCGGAGCAAUACUGGUCCAAGUAUACCGCACCCUCCAUAUUUCUCCCAGCACUUUCAUACUGAUGCUGGCUAUAUUACCGACAGCCAUCACCCUGCUGCUUAUGUAUUUUGUCGACGUCCACGGUUCACAUAAACGGUACAACAAGAAGUUCAUCGAUGCUUUCUCCCUCAUUGCCAUUACAGUUGCCGGGUAUCUAAUGAUCAUCAUAAUCUGUGACCAAGUUGUGAAGAUAAGUUCAGCUGAGCAGAGUGUUUUCUUUGUGAUACUCCUGCUGUUGGUCCUGUCUCCAGUGGCUAUUGCUGUGAAGGCGCAGAAGACCGAAUCAGCGAAGGAAGAAGAGGAAACCACAGAUGAAGAAAGAAUCAGAUUGAUUGCCGAGGAAACUAGCAGGAGUGGUGAUCGAUGUCAAGAAGUGUCAUCAGGCAAAGAAAACCUGAAUCUGGUGCAGGCCAUGGGCAAGCUGAACUUCUGGCUGCUGUUCCUGGCAAUGUCGUGCGGGAUGGGAUCAGGGCUGGCCACGGUGAACAACAUCAGCCAGAUCGGUGGGUCACUCGGGUACACGAGCAAGGAGACGAGCACACUGGUGUCACUCUGGAGCAUCUGGAACUUCUCGGGGAGGUUCGGUGCAGGCUACAUCUCCGACCACUUCCUCCGGUCGCGGGGACUCGGGCGGCCCUUCUUCAUCGGCGCGACGCUCCUGACGAUGGGCGUUGGGCACGCGGUGAUCGCCUCCGGCGUCCCGGCGUCGCUGUACAUGGGCUCGGUGCUGGUCGGGCUGUGCUAUGGUUGCCAGUGGGCGCUGAUGCCGAGCAUCACGUCGGAGAUAUUCGGGCUGAACCAUUUCGGCACCAUCUUCAACGUGGUGGCGGUGGCGAGCCCCGUGGGGUCGUACAUCCUGUCGGUGCGCGUGGUGGGUUACAUCUACGACGUGGAGUCGCCGCCGGGGAAGCGCUCCUGCUCCGGCAACCAUUGCUUCGCCUUGUCGUUCGUCAUCAUGGCAUGUGUCUGCGUCGUGGGCUCUGCUGUCGCGUUCCUGCUCUUCCUCAGGACGAGGACCUUUUAUAAACGGGUUGUCUAUGCCAGCCUGCAAUCCUUUCUAUAGACUAUCAUAUUAUCCAUGUGUUACAUUGGUAUUUUAGUUUAAAAAAAUAUCAUUAGCAUGUUAUUAAAGUAGAGCUAAUAAAAAUAGUUUGAUAUAAAUCUUAGUUAUUUUUCCGUUCAAAAAUAGGAGGGAGUUGGUGUUAUAACGUUAUAGGAGUAUAGAUAAUUACUGAACAGGUAGAGAGUUGUUGCACAUAAAUAGCCUCACACGUUAUUGACAAUAGAGUGGAUGAGUGGUUAGACUAACAAAAUGGACCUGUAUAUCAAGUGCCACCCCCGCUAGGAUCUUUUUAGUAGCAGUAGAUAAAUAGUAAUUCUUCUUUUACUUGUUGCUCGCGUUUACUUUUUGGCUAUCCAAAUCAAUAUUGUUUGUGCUGUUCGUCAGACAAGGCUACAAAUGUUUACA